AGAGGGGGACCAAUGUUCAUUUUGAAAAUCAACAGUAGGGCGCGAGCUGCUUGGCUUGGCGCGGAGUCUCGCUGUGAUUUCUGUACCGAUGCUGACAUUCAUUAAUGUGGUAAAUAAUUUUAUAGAUGUCUGCCACUGCGUGUCGACAUUUUACCACUCAGGGAUUCUAAAUGCUUUGGAAAGAUGAGCGACUUAAACGGAAAAGACUAUGACAUCAAAGGCUGGAAAAGCUCCGUGGUUGGGACAUUUCUCUUUUACGCACUGUAUGGAAACUCCUGUUUAUCAUCUUAAAUUCUUCAGAAAAAGGGACGUUAUUUUUCUGUUGUGUCUUUAAUACUAUGUCCACCUGUCUAAUUGGACAUUGGAGGUUACUUGUUCGCUCUUUUUAAGCAUUUGGUUAUGGAUGCCUUUCGUCUGUGGAUAUUGGUAACUUUCUUCGGAACGGCAUAUUCCAUCCAUCCAGACUGUGCCAUAAUUUCUGAACAUAUGAAAGCUCAGGAGGCCUGCAUCCAAAUCCAACGGACAGAGUCACAGAACCAAAAUGAAUCGAUGGGCUGCGGGACGGGGUGGGACGGCAUCCAGUGCUGGCCUCGUGCAGAGCUGGGCCAGGUGGUCAAUCUUUCCUGCGCCGACAUCCUCCAGCUCCUCACUCACACACAAGGAUAUGUGUUCAGAAACUGUACUAAGGAUGGCUGGAGUGAUGUACAUCCUGCAUAUAAUGUGGCCUGCGACUUUGGAGACGAGCCUGAAUAUGAAAUGAGCUACUUUUCCACUUUCAGACGGGUCUACACAGCGGGAUACGCCACCUCCCUCGUCUCUCUCAUCUCGGCUAUAUUCGUGUUUGCUGCGUUCAGGAAGUUCCACUGCACCAGAAACUACAUCCACAUCAACCUCUUCGCCUCCUUCAUCAUGAGGGCCAGUGCGGUCUUCAUCAAAGACGCGGUGCUUUUCACCGACGAAACGCUGGAUCACUGCUUCAUGUCAACAAUUGCGUGUAAGUCUGCCGUGGCCUUCUUCCAGUUUUGCAUCAUGGCCAACUACUUCUGGCUGCUGGUGGAGGGCGUCUACCUGCAGAGCCUCCUGGCGCUGACCUUUGUCUCACAGAGCAAGUACUUCUGGUGGUACAUCAUCACCGGAUGGGGUGUUCCAUCCAUAGUGCUUACCAUCUGGGUCAUAUCAAGAAACUUCUACGACAACAGAGGAUGCUGGGAUGACACAGAAAAUCCUUUCAUCUGGUGGAUCAUUAAGGGUCCAAUAACUGCCUCACUGCUAGUGAACUUCCUCAUCUUCGUGAAUGUGAUGCGGAUCCUGGUGCAGAAGCUCAGGUCCCCGGCUGUGGGAGGCAGUGAUACUGGAAACUUCAUGAGGCUGGCCAAGUCCACGCUUUUCCUUAUCCCCCUGUUUGGCAUGCACUACACCGUGUUCGCCUUUCUCCCUGAGGACACGGGCGGGGAGGCCAGACUCUACAUCGAGCUCGGCCUGGGCUCCUUCCAGGGUUUUGUUGUGGCUCUACUGUACUGCUUCCUGAAUGGCGAGGUUCAGGCAGAGCUGAAGCGGCGGCUUUACAAGUGGCACACACAGAACCGGCUGAGUCCCACACGCCACCGCAUCACCCUCACCCAGAUCUCCAUUUUGGAGAAACCCGAUGCCCAGAUGGUGGCCCCCUGCCCUGCCGGGGUCACCCCCAUCUGACCUCCCCCUUACCCCAGCUUACUCUCCAUCUUGUCCUGUCCUAAUGCCAACACUGCUGCUGUGUACAAGACAGGCAGUCAGGUCAUGGUGCAGAGUAGAUGCAUAAUGUGGUUCUCCGGGUUAGGGAACCCUGGAUGCUGGGGCGCUGUUGCUGCUGGUUUUCACGACGUCACAGGGAAAACAUGAAUGAAAGCCGGCACGUUCUGUCCGCACGGCAUCGCGCUUCAGAAAAGAUUCAUCUGCCUUCGCGUUUUUGCAUCUACCCCCACCAGCUCCCUCUGCUCUCUCCAUCUACCCACUCUUUCUCUCUCUCACUGAGUAGAGUUGACUGUGGCAGCAGAUGCAGGGUGUGUGUGUGUGUGGAGUGGGGGGGAACAGAGGCAUGCAGAGUCUUGAUGAAUUUUAAUAAGCACUGGGGCGAUUAAUUCGGAGGCUUGGUGUGUUUUUUCCCCUGCUGUUGUCAGAUCCAGUGCAUUACCCCUGGUGCAGCCCUGCCAUUGCCAGUGUCUGGCACCUCAGAUUACUCAGUUUACGCACUCAGCUCUGCUCAUGGCCCUUUGGAGCCUCCUAGUGGUGGGCAGAGACAGAAGAUUGUGUCAAUAAUUCAUUUAAUUAUCUAUGUAUGUAUGUGUGUGUAUCUUUUUAUUCAUUUCCAUGUGGGCAUCAGUAUAUGUAUAUAUAUAGUAUAAAUAUAAAUUAUGAGGCUGUGUAUGGGUGCUUGAUACUUGGUGGGAAAGUAUACCUCAGUGUUUUCUACUUCCUGUUGGUCUUGCUGGAAGCUCUUCAUACUAUGUACGGAGUAUGUUCUCCAUCCUAUUUAAAUUGUUCCCCCAUGUAAAACAGUGUGUGGUGUGGGUGUACUUGGCUUCAUGUCUGAGGCAUACUGACACUAAAUGACCAAAAAGAGAAUGCUUCUGCAUAUUGUAUGUACUUUGUAUGAAGUAUAUGAAUGUUGAGUCUUUCUGUAUUUAUUUAUUUUUGGCUCUUGAAUACCUGCAUAGAUACUCGGUGCGUUCUGUCGAACUGCUGUAGCACACUGCAUUGGAAGUGGUCAGAGUCACUGUUUAAUCGUAUGAGUGACGGCACUUAUUGUUAACUUAUGUGUUUAUGAAUGUCAGCUGUAUAGCUAUUUUUCUGCUAUUGAUUGAUAGCCAGUGAAAUUAAAGGCACAGUCCACAAUUGUGGUAAGGUUGUUGAUAUUUGAGCUCAACAGCCAAUCAAAUUACACCCCUUGCGCCCCUGCUCUUGAAGCUGUAAUUCGUUGUGAGCCAUUCGUUGUGAGCCAGGGCUAGAUGAACACCAGUUUUUUUUAGACCAAACACUGGAGGGAGGGCCACAGGACAUGAGGAGCAAUUCGUUGAAUUUGACAAAAAGUGUAUUAGAAUCAUGGACUCAGCUUUAAUACAUCUGAUGAGCUCCCAUAGGGCAGCAUACUCGGGUGCAUAUCUGGCGUGGCUCCACCAACUGCUUGAUGUGUACACAGAGAACUUAAGCCGGUCAAGGGUAAACAACCGGAGGGAAUGGAUUAAAGCCAAAAUGUGGGAGCGAUUGCAUGUCCGCCCUUACUAUGAGUAGGCAAGCAGGAAACACUUACUGAACAAAUCAAUACUGAGCAGAACGGCCUAAGGGGAAGGGGGGAUUUUCUUUGUUAACCGGAUGUGAAAAGUCCCUUAGCACGAUCCAUGUGGUGUUGGAGGGAAGGGUGUGGUGGCCCAUGGCUCAUUCCUUAGUCAGUGAUUGACAACUGAUUUUGGGGUGGCCCAGACCUACGUCUGCUGUGGACUCAGAGCUGUCCGUAAACCAAUGCUUGUGAGGGAAUUAUUGGGUUAAUGCGAUUAAGAUGUCAGGGUGAUGUGUCGCCUAAAGUUGGUCACAAUAUUGUAAUGGCCUAAUUUACUGACCAAACCAUUUUUUGUCAUCCUCAAGGCUAGGCCACAACUUACACAUCUACAGUGUAUGAGUAUUAAUUCCACUGAUAGUGUUGCACAUCCAAGUUCAUCCUGGGAUGUUCUUUCUUAUAGGACAAAAUAAAUAAUCAAGUUGAGAUUUGAUGCAUACAGUAUUGGUCUAAAUGUACUGAUUGUACUGUACAUGAUUGUAGGUGUGUAUGAUUCUGUGUGACUUCUUUCCUAUUACACCAUUGCUUCAAAUAAAUACAAAAUAAAUCAGAUGAGAAGUGA